AUGAAUCCCAAUAAUUUUGUUUCGAUUGAAGAAUCUGAUGGAUUUCAAAAUAUUGAACGUAAAAAAGGAAUAUUCGUUUUUAUUCCACAAGGAUACUCUCCGUUUCUUAUUCGUGAAGAUGCUACAAAAAAAUUGAAAACAAUCAAGGAAUUCCCAGAACUAAAUAUACGUGUUCCGGCAUUGAUCUUCGAUCCUAUUAAACGUCUAUUAAACGCCUUUAUGUUAUAUCGAAAAGAAAAAAUUAAAGAUAAUCUAAAUAUGGGCGCCUGUCAAAUCUCAAAAAUUGCCGGAAAUGAAUGGAAUAAACUGCCAGAAUCUGAAAAAGCACGUUAUAA